GUGAAGUAGCGCCGCUAGAUAGAAGCAGGUGUCCAACAUGGCGAACACGGGGAACGGAUCUCUCGCUACAACUCUCAUUUUAUUCAUGGUUUCUGCAGCUUUUCUUCACAAAGGAGCUGCUCAGGACAUAGCAGUCCAAGGUCAAAAUCUCAUGACAGAUAACGUCUCAGUGGUGGAGGGGGAAGUGGCCACCAUCAGCUGCCGAGUGAAGAACAACGACGACUCGGUCAUCCAGCUCCUCAACCCCAACAGACAGACCAUCUACUUCAGAGACGUCAGACCCUUGAAGGACAGCCGAUUCCAGCUGGUCAACUUCUCGGACAACGAGCUGCGGGUUUCUUUGUCCAACGUGUCACUCUCUGACGAGGGGAGAUAUGUGUGCCAGCUCUACACUGACCCCCCACAGGAGGCCUACGCCGACAUCACUGUGCUGGUACCACCAGGCAACCCCAUCAUCGAGGCUCGGGAAGAGAUCGUCAGCGAGGGCAACGAGACGGAGAUAACAUGCACCACCAUGGGCGGCAAGCCCGCCUCCAGCAUCAGAUGGAUGAAGGGGGACGAGGAGCUGGAAGGCGAGCUGACGGUGGAGGAGACGUAUGACAGGAUGUACACCGUCACCAGCAGACUCACGUUGACCGUCACCAAGGAGGACGACGGCAUUCCUGUGGUCUGCAUUGUGGACCAUCCAGCGGUCAAGGACUUCCAGGCACAGAAAUACCUGGAGGUUCAAUAUAAACCUGAGGUGAAGAUCAUCGUGGAGUUUCCCGAGGGACUGACGAGGGAGGGAGAAAACCUAGAGCUGACAUGCCAAGCCAAAGGGAAACCACAGCCCCAGCAGAUCAACUGGGUGAAGGUGGACGACGACGUUCCCUCCCACGCGGUCAUUACGGGCACCGACCUGCUGAUCGAGAACCUCAACAAGUCCUACAACGGAACGUACCGCUGCGUGGCGUCCAACUCAGUCGGAGAGUCUUACGAUGACUACAUCCUCUACGUAUACGAUGCGCUCACCACUACCCCUAUACCCACAACUACCACCACCACCACCACCACCCUCCCAGUCACCACCCAAGGUACAGUACUGUCCCUGCACCUUCCGCCACCCUCCGUCACCCUUCACCUGUGUCUGCAUGUGACCACUGACACACCUGUGCGCGUGUGUGUGCCAGAGUGUGACGCCAGGCAGCCAGCCCUGAUACGAUCCUCCGUGUGGGAACGAUCGACUCAAACCCGUGUCGCACAGGCCUGGAGACGCCGAGCCGGCGAGAUUCAGCUCCGUUCCAUGGGUCUGUUAUCUUAUCGAGAUCUGGAGUUGUACUCAAUCCUGUCCGAGCAGGGAUUACAGCAGUGCUUUGUUUCCCUGAGCAGCUAAGAUGACUGUGUUAUUUUAUUUUUUUAUUUUUUUCGGAUCCCCCCGCUCCAAAAACAUAGCAAUCUGAGGAUGCUAUCAGGGUGACUGUGCCUAGCUGUAUGAAUCUGUAUGCAAAUGUUAAUCCCUUUGGUGAUCAGGCGUUUUCCCGUAAGUGCUGGGUAUCUGAAGCCCAGCAGGUGGUAAUACUGCUGGUGUAGGACACCUGGCUUGUGGGAGGGAUCUCCGCCCGUUCAGAGACUAACUCAGCUUCUCCCCUC